CGCCUCAGGGCCCGGGGCCCGGCUUUGGGGCUCCCCUCCCUGGGCCGCUCGGCAGCGCCCCCGCCCCGAGGCCUGUGUCUCGCUUUGGACUGUGGAAGCUGUGAGGCAGCCAAUGGCUGCCCCCGAGGCCGACCCGCCCGCCCUUCGGCUGCCUGGAGGAGGGGUCCCGGGGCACUCCGGGCGUCUCCGUGCCCUGCCCCCCGGAGCUGGGCUAGGUGCCGUGCGCCUGCCAGGCCUCUCUGGGGGACAACGGGCCUCCCCAAACCAGGGUGCUGCGGUGCUGGGCGCAGUCCGCGGGGUGUGGGCCCUGAUGAGGCAUUAAAACGGGCACGGGGCUGCGCGUAAGGCUGCGGCCCCUGAGCUCAGUCGAUGGGGACGUUCUGUUGGUAGCGGAGCUCUAAUGUGAGAGUUAAUUUGUGCUUCUCCCUGUCUUGAGAUCACUGAGCUUGGUUCUUGCUCUCUGGGCGGAAGUUCGAGCAUCAGCAUUUACAGCAUAGCAUGUAAGGGACAUCACUGGUAGAUGUGUAGCCUUUGGUGUCGUGAGUGUUAACACUGUCAGGGGAUUUGGUAACAAGUGCCCAAAGAGCUUAUUGUGGUCAUUUGACUGUGGCAAAAUAGUGGAAGGAGUUUGGGUCAUUCCUGUCCUGGUGUCAGUCCCAAGGGAAUGAGUCUUGCAGGAGACGGAUGAAGGCUGAUCAGGUACAUUGCAUUUAUAAACCACGCAAAGACACUGCAUCAGCUAAAUCAAUUCCUAAACUGCUGUUUCAGCUACUGUCGUGUCUGGAGAAAGCUCACCAGGUGCUCUGGUUCUCUCCGAAUUGCCCACGUGAUCCCAUCAAAAGAAUGAUGAUCAGAAAGAUCCUUCUGCAUCAGGACUUCUGUGACAGCAGGGCAGCACUUGGCAUGUCUGGCAAACUCCUUGGAACGUUGUUUAGGAGUGCCUGAGAUGGGGUAAGGACGAUUAGCUUUCAUUAGACCUAAGUAAAAGCUGGUAAAGCAAUUUGAUAUUGCAUGUGAGGAACGUACAAUUUACUGACACAAAUUCAAACCUUUCACAGGUGACUUCAGGACUGUUAUUGUGCUGUCUAGCCUGGGUUUGCAGGAGGAAUGCCCUAAAAUACAAACUGACUGGAAUUUUUCUGCAUAUGUUUUUGUCUGAUACAUAUUUCUGUCACCAGUAGGUGGCUUUCUACCCAUCUGCAUGCGCUGUUACUAUCUCAGACCCCAGCACGCAAGCAUUCUGUUUGAAAUGGCCUCGAAGCAGAAAGUCUGAGGAAUAACUACAGUCCUUUAAUCUCCUGGACCACCUGAACAAAGAGGUUUCAGUUUACCAAAAGCACAGUGAAUACUGAGAGAUAGUAAUGUUCCUAUUAUGGGUUCAUAAAUUGUCCUCAACAACCAAAUGAUCUUACCUAACGAAUUAUGAUGUCUGUGCAGAACUGAACAUAGUUAACUUCCACCAUACAGCCCUGCUCAGGGGCCCAAAAUGCUUGCUCUAGUGGCUUCUGGUUUAAAAUAACAACUAAACAAAAGCUGUGCCUUACCAAAAGGUUCAGAACCCAUAAAGCAGCGGGUACCUUAUAGCCACAAUGCGGUAGCAGAAGUUGAUACACUUCUGGAUGAAGGCUGGGUCUGAAUUAAAGCACUGGGAAGGUGCAGGUCUGUGGUUUGGUUCCCAACGGUGACUUCCCAGCCUGGGGCUUACCAAGGGCUUCCAGAGGGCUCCUGGUAGCUGGGUACAAGGAAUGUAAUAAACAAUUUUGCAUAAACUCCAACAUCCUACUCUUAGGAUCCAUGUUCUUUACUUGCUGUUUGGUUGCUUUGUGAGGCUCAACAGCAGCUGAAGUACUGCACGAUGGUGUCCUGGAGCACUGCAGCAUUGACAGCUUGAUAUGUCUACGUUCACGAGUACUUCUUGAGUUCAGUCCCUGUUGGUUGUGGUAAGUUUGGGCUCCUGACGUGCCGCAGAUAAGGAAGUGUUUGUUGCUGAUGCCUCUUGGCUUUUUUAUCUCUCUUGCGUUUUUAUUCCUGCCCCCCUAAACUUCCAUUUCUAUUGGUUUGAGGUUACUGGAACAUUUUUAUAGACAAAAUUAUUACUGUGUUUGUGCUUCAUGUAGUCUGGUGCACGAUGUCUUCCAGUUACCGCAACUUCCGAAACAGCGUGUCGUGGCUAAUCCUUUUUCUGGAAGCUGUUUUCAUCGUCCUCUUUUACUUUUUGCUCUCAAUACGUCAUACAGAUGAUGUUCUAUUAAUUAACUCUUACCCAGCUUUUCAAGUUGUCAACCACAUGGUGAUUUUUGGAUUUGGCUUUUUCCUGAUGUUUCUGAAAAGACUAAUAAAGGCUGCUAUGAGCAUGACUGCUGUGGUCAUCUCCACUGGAGCUGUUCUUGGGAAGACUAACCCAGUGCAAUUAAUUCUGAUGACAGUUCUGGAGCUAAUAGUUUUCCAUAUGAGCAGAUGGAUCAACAUUACAUUCCUGAAGGUUGAACACAAUAUCAGCAUGAUGCACGUUCACCUGUUUGGAGCCUACUUUGGUCUGGCUGUCUCCUCACGUUUCUCUGAGCCAUCACCAAGGUCGGAGAAGAAUGCAAGUACCCCGAAAUCGGAUUUAUUGUCAAUGUUGGGCACUCUCUUUCUCUGGGUGUUCUGGCCAAGCUUCAAUUCUGUACUAUUUGAGAGCAACAGUUGGAGAGCCAUCUGCAACACCUACUUUGGCCUUGCAGUGAGUGCUGUCACUGCCUUCGCCUUGUCUGUUCUGACCACAAAGGAUGGGAAAUUCAGAAUGACUCAUAUCCACAGUGCAGUUCUAGCUGGUGGGGUCGCUGUUGGUUAUGCAGCACACAGUAUCAAGUACCCUUGGAUUGCAAUGAUUUUGGGUCUGCUUGCCAGCGUGAUAACCGUCUUAGGAUCUUACUGUUCGCAGAGAUGCUUGAAUCCUCCUCUCAAGCUUCAUGAUACCUCUGGAGUUCAUUUCACUUUUGGCAUGCCUGCUGUGCUUGGAGCUCUUGCCCAGGUUGUUCUCUUAAUAAUAGAAAACUGGACUAAUUUACCAAGUCUGGGUUAUUUGGUCAUGAUUCAAGUUGGUGCCUUCUGCCUGACCAUCAGCAUCGCUUUGAUAACAGGUUUUAUUGCAGGUUUAAUCUUAAACCUCACAGUGUUUAAGACCAUCCCUGUAUCCAAGUACUUUGAAGACCAGUUUUAUUGGGAGUUUCCCCAUUUGGCUGUUGGAUUUUGAAUGGAGGAACCCAGAUGAGCAAUUUGACCAAAGCUCAAAAAAGCCAUCCCAAUGUGCACCCAAAAAAUGAGUGAUAAACUAAUUAUACUAGUUAUUCUUGAAAGAUACAGAGUGUGAAUUUACAGAUGCAUUUCACUUUUCUGCUUUGUUGAACUUCAGUAUUUUUUGGUAGGGUAUGUACAGAAAAGGUGGCUGCUUUCAUUGCUAUAAUGGCUUAUCAAUCAAAAUGCUUGGAAACCUUAAACUAUUUUUAGCUCCCAAAGCCAAAGCAAGUAUUUUAAAGUACAAUUUUUCAAAGCAUACAGACUCAUUCUUCUCUAGCAAAGCAUUCAAGUACUUGUUUUUAAGCUAAAUUAAUUCUGCUGAAGGCCUUGUUAAAGCAGGGAUUUGAUGAGCGAGCUGGAUCGGGGCCAGAACUCUGCAUCCUGCCAGACUGAACUCUUUGAGUUAUCUGACAGCUUAAAGGAAAAUCUAUGAUUACUUGGCUCAAGCUAUCUAUUUGGAAGCUCAGAUGACAAGGAGUGAAAUUGCUCUGCUUGUGGCUGGUGCCCUUGUCAGCAGUGGCAUUUACUCACAUUGGCAGCAAGACUCAGCGCAGCCUGUCUGUGUGGUGACAGUGCCCGAAGGGCUCUGGCUGCCCUGAGUGCAGGCAGCAGGGGAGGCCAUGGGACAGUGCUUGCGCCUGGGUGGUACCAAUCCCGAGGUGGUGUAUGUUGGGCUGUUUUACCCAGUGCUGAGCUCAAGCCUGAUGGGGCAAGUGAACCCUUGUUUUUAAAUGAAUUGUGAUCCUCGGUGUUUCUUCUUUGUUUCAAAAUAGCUGACACAGAAAAACUU